CCCGGCCACCGUGCCCCGGGAUCGAACGCCCCCGCCGCCUAACUGCGGAGCAUUGUGGGUAGGGGGGAAUUCGGUUGUGCGGUUCUGAAACAUGGCGGACGCAUUCGGGGACGAGCUCUUCAGCGUGUUCGAAGAUGAAUCGCCGGCUGCUGGGGCUAAGAAAGGGAAAGGGGCAGCGGAGGCCCCAGGCAAGGCCAAAAAACGCACAGAUGAUAAAUCACAAUCAGUCUCCACCAAUGUUGGAAAAAACAAAAGAGAUUUAGAAUUGGAAGGUUCAGAUGAACCCGUAUUUGGAAAGAAGCCAAGAGUAGAAAAUACAUUAGCUGAAGAUGUAAGUCUGGCAGAUCUGAUGCCCAGAGUCAAGGUAGAAGCUGUGGAAACAGUUGAAGGCUGUACGCAUGAGGUUGCACUCCCUGCAGAUGAGGAAUAUGUUCCACUGAAGGCACGAGAUGGAAAAGCUGCCAAGGAAUAUCCAUUCAUUCUUGAUGCCUUUCAGAGAGAAGCCAUCCAGUGUGUAGAUAAUAACCAGUCUGUUUUAGUUUCUGCACAUACAUCAGCUGGAAAAACUGUGUGUGCUGAGUAUGCCAUUGCUUUGGCUUUGAGAGAAAAGCAGCGUGUGAUAUUUACCAGCCCAAUUAAAGCCUUAAGCAAUCAGAAGUAUCGUGAAAUGUAUGAAGAAUUUCAAGAUGUUGGCCUGAUGACUGGUGAUGUCACUAUAAAUCCUACAGCAUCUUGCCUGGUUAUGACUACUGAGAUUUUGCGAAGUAUGCUAUACCGAGGUUCUGAAGUUAUGCGAGAAGUUGCUUGGGUUAUAUUUGAUGAAAUUCAUUAUAUGAGAGAUUCAGAGCGUGGUGUGGUAUGGGAAGAAACUAUUAUUUUGCUUCCUGAUAAUGUUCACUAUGUCUUCCUUUCUGCUACUAUUCCAAAUGCUCGACAGUUUGCAGAGUGGAUUUGUCAUUUACAUAAACAGCCUUGCCAUGUAAUUUACACAGAUUAUCGACCAACUCCAUUGCAACAUUAUAUCUUUCCAGCAGGGGGAGAUGGCCUUCAUCUUGUUGUUGAUGAAAAUGGUGACUUCAGAGAAGAUAAUUUUAAUACUGCAAUGCAAGUACUUAGGGAUGCAGGAGAUUUGGCAAAAGGAGAUCAGAAGGGAAGGAAAGGAGGAACAAAAGGACCAUCAAAUGUGUUCAAAAUUGUGAAGAUGAUUAUGGAAAGAAAUUUUCAGCCUGUAAUUAUUUUCAGUUUCAGUAAGAAAGACUGUGAAGCCUAUGCCCUCCAGAUGACCAAAUUAGAUUUCAACACAGCUGAAGAAAAAAAGAUGGUUGAAGAAGUAUUUAAUAAUGCAAUUGACUGCUUAUCUGAUGAAGAUAAAAAGCUUCCUCAGGUUGAGCAUGUGCUUCCUCUUUUGAAGAGAGGAAUUGGUAUUCAUCAUGGUGGCUUGCUUCCUAUUUUGAAAGAAACCAUUGAAAUUCUGUUUUCAGAAGGAUUGAUAAAGGCCUUGUUUGCAACAGAAACUUUUGCUAUGGGAAUUAACAUGCCUGCCAGGACUGUUUUGUUUACAAAUGCCCGUAAAUUUGAUGGGAAAGAUUUUCGAUGGAUUUCUUCUGGUGAAUAUAUUCAAAUGUCUGGUAGAGCUGGAAGAAGAGGAAUGGAUGAGAGAGGAAUAGUCAUUCUUAUGGUGGAUGAAAAGAUGAGUCCAACUGUUGGAAAACAGUUACUAAAGGGCUCAGCUGAUCCUCUCAAUAGUGCUUUUCACUUGACCUACAACAUGGUUCUGAAUUUGCUGCGUGUAGAAGAAAUUAACCCUGAAUACAUGUUAGAAAAAUCCUUUUAUCAAUUUCAGCAUUAUAGAGCUAUUCCAGGAGUAGUAGAGAAGGUAAAAAAACUAGAAGCACAGUACAAUGCAAUAGCAAUUCCCAAUGAAGAAAGUGUAGUCAUCUACUACAAAAUCAGGCAACAGCUUGCCAAACUGGCUAAAGAGAUAGAAGAAUAUAUUCACAAACCAAAAUACUGUUUGCCAUUUUUGCAGCCAGGACGAUUGGUAAAGGUGAAGAAUGAAGGGGAUGAUUUUGGUUGGGGAGUGGUGGUGAAUUUCUCCAAGAAAUCAAAUGUUAAGCCUAAUUCUGGUGAACUAGAUCCUUUAUAUGUUGUAGAAGUACUUUUACAUUGUAGCAAAGAGAGUUUGAAAAAUUCUGCUACAGAGGCUGCUAAGCCAGCAAAACCUGGUGAAAAAGGAGAGAUGCAGGUGGUUCCAGUUCUGGUGCAUCUCCUGUCUGCUAUCAGCAGUGUUCGGCUUUAUAUUCCCAGAGAUCUGAGGCCAGUUGACAACCGGCAGAGUGUUCUAAAAUCAAUACAGGAAGUUCAGAAACGUUUUCCUGAUGGUGUCCCAUUACUAGAUCCCAUUGAUGACAUGGGCAUACAAGAUCAAGGACUGAAAAAAGUUAUUCAGAAAGUAGAAGCUUUUGAACAUAGAAUGUACUCUCAUCCACUUCACAACGAUUCAAAUUUGGAGACUGUUUAUAAGCUUUGUGAAAGAAAAGCACAGAUUGCUGUAGAUAUAAAAUCUGCUAAGCGAGAACUAAAGAAAGCAAGAACCGUUUUACAAAUGGAUGAGCUAAAGUGUCGAAAACGUGUUUUGCGGAGACUGGGUUUUGCUACAUCAUCUGAUGUCAUAGAGAUGAAAGGACGAGUGGCUUGUGAGAUCAGCAGUGCUGAUGAACUGCUUUUAACUGAAAUGAUGUUUAAUGGACUUUUCAAUGACCUCUCUGCAGAGCAGGCUACUGCAUUGCUAAGCUGUUUCGUAUUUCAGGAGAAUUCCACUGAAUUGCCCAAAUUGACAGAACAGCUAGCAGGACCACUUCGCCAGAUGCAAGAAUGCGCUAAAAGGAUUGCAAAAGUUUCAGCAGAAGCCAAAUUAGAAAUUGAUGAAGAGACUUACUUAAACACAUUCAAGUCAAACUUAAUGGAUGUAGUCUAUACCUGGGCAACUGGAUGUACAUUUGCCCACAUCUGCAAAAUGACUGAUGUCUUUGAAGGCAGCAUAAUUCGCUGUAUGAGGCGUCUAGAAGAAUUGCUUCGGCAGAUGUGUCAAGCUGCUAAAGCUAUUGGAAACACUGAACUGGAGAAUAAAUUUGCAGAAGGAAUCACCAAAAUCAAGAGAGAUAUUGUGUUUGCUGCAAGCCUUUACCUGUAAAGAAGAGGCAACCUCCUACUGAUGGCAACCAUCGUGUCCCAGUUCAACAUUGCAGAAACAAGUUCUCUAAAUUUUCUAUAAACAAAUGGACAACUCUUACUACAAGACACAGCCCUCAUCUUAAACAUUAAUUUGUAUUGUAUUUAAAACAAGCAUCAUUCUAGCAAAGUAUAUGACAUACACAUUUGUACAUAAAAGCAUUACCACAUUAUUUUAAUAAAAAAUGUACAGGUGGGUAGUGUUUAGUGAAAG